AUGAACGGAAACGACGACGCAGAGCGGCCUACCGAGAGGACGCCUCUGCUAAACACGGGCCACAUCGGAAACAUUGAUGUGCUGCCUAUAUUACCCUGCAUUGAGCCCUUGGUGGUGUCACAAGAGGCAAAGGAUGUCGCGGUUUCCUCGUUACGUGACCUAUGCCCUGACCCUGCAUUGAGCCCCGCAGUCAGAACGUCUUUCUCUCUUGUUGUUCUUUUCUACUUGAGGAAACGUCUUAUCUUUCGCCGACAAUCGAAUGCCGAUAUUUGGGAGCAAUGGUCAAGAGAGCAACGCAACAUUGAAGUUUUAGGAAUCCUGGACAACGAAAUUCGGUCAGUCUGGGCGGGCUUCUUGGACGUGCAACGGUCAGAUGAGGACAUUCAGACUGUUCUAUGGCAAUGUUUCCCAUAUGAUGGAGAGGGCGUGCGUGCGCAGCGAGAAUUUAUCCACCAGCUUGAUGUGAUGCCGCAUGAUUUUUUGGCAAAUGACAUCGUACUUCGCAGUAUCUUUCAGACAUGGGCACACGGUCGUAGUACCACGAAUCAUAGGUCGUCGUUCAUUGCGCGAUCACUAGGCAGGCUAGAUGUUUUGUGCACCCCUAGAGUGCUACAUGCCGUUGACUUGCUCUUCUACAUGGGCUAUCUUGUUUUAUUUGCAUAUUUUCUGGUAUUUCCGCGGACUGGAUAUUCCCAUAGUAUUCAGGAGCGUUCGGCCCCAGAUGUUCAAGAAAUCCUUCUCAUUGUCUACACGGUAUCUACUCUUUUCCAACCACCAUCCGGUAAACUCGUUCCGUCUGUCUUGGUCCUACUUGCUUUUCUGUCCCAUCUCCCGUACUCCCCAUCUCCCAACGACUUCGCAUAUGGCGUGCUAUUAUUUGCCUUCGCGUGGAACGUCGUCGGACUGCACCUUCCUCAACAUCCCAGCCCGCUUUACUUGCUACCAUUAUCCAGAAUACUUCCCCUGGCCGUGUUGGUCUGGCAUGGGGUCUCCCGCGUGUUCGCACCAGUGGUCGUAUUCUUCCUGCCUGCCUUGCUGGUCUCCUUGUUUCUCUUGUCCACUUCGCUAUCGGACGUCUUCCUGCAGGGUCUUACCAUAGGCAGCCUCGUCCCUGCACCCAUAGAGUCUCGUGUACUAUUCCUGAUCCUUAUUUCCGUGCUACUCAUACUACUUCUAUGUUCUCUUGUGAUGCUGGUAUUGGUGUACCCCGCACUACUGUCAAAAAUUCCACCGAGUCCUUGGGAUCAGUACUCAGAGACCAUCGGUCUGGAGGCGCGCAGCGUGUUCAUUCGCUUGGUGUUGACAUAUGCGGAACCGUACUCGUUCCGGCCACCCUUUAGCCUUGUGCAAGCUCUCGUACGAAUGCCAAUUACUUUGGCGUCAUUUGUUGGCAGGAGAAAACAGGAUCAUAGAGCGGACAAGGUGGAGCGGGUUGUAUGGAGGAUUGUGGUCGCGCCGCUGGCAUGUCUGAUCGCGAUUUUCUGGAUGUGGAAUUGA